AUGGCGGAGGCCAGAAAAACAUACCAGACAGGACCCUGGUCUACUCCUGAUAUAAUCUCAGCCGCCCUAGUUGGACCUGUGGUUGUCGCCGCCUUCCUCGAGUCAUUCUUGUGGGUGGCGGCUUUCCUGUAUUGUUUCGGCAAGGCGUUCAAGAAGUCGGAUCACUGGACGCAGAAGAUGCUGGCGGUCUGGUUCUCCGUGUUGGGCAUAUUCUUGCCGGUCAUGAUCACAACAUUGCCUUUACCAAGACGGCUCACUCAAUACCUCCCAAAGGUGUUUGUUGAUAUUCUCCAACAGUUCGCAUUCUACUCCUUUGCGGCCAUGCUUGUUGUCCCUUGGCUACUCUGCGUUUACCGCAUGGUCGUUGUACCAUUGGGACGCACAAAGCGGAUCAAGUAUGUUCUAAAUGAACGCACCGCUCCGAAGAUAGUUGUGGUCAUGCCAGUAUACAAGGAGCCACCGGAAACAUUGUGGACAGCACUCAACUCGGUGGUCACUUGUGACUACCCAGCUGCUUGCAUUCACGCGUUUGUGUCCUUUGACGGAGACAACAUCGAUGAGCUGUACCUGAAGACCAUCGAGAGACUCGGUGUCCCCAUUACGUUGAAGAGCUUCCCAAAGUCGAUCGACGUAGGCUACAACGGUGCAAGAGUCACGGUCUCCAGAUUUCCUCAUGGCGGCAAGCGACACUGCCAGAAAGCCACCUUUCUCCUAAUCGACAAGAUCUAUAAGCGUUAUCUGCAACAGAAAGACGACCUGUUCAUUUUGUUCAUGGACUCGGACUGCAUCCUGGAUCCUGUGUGCAUCCAAAACUUCAUGUACGAUAUGGAGCUUCGGCCAGGCAGUAAACACAACAUGCUGGCCAUGACAGGCAUCAUUACAUGUCGCACGGAAAAGCACUCGCUGAUCACACUGUUGCAAGACAUGGAGUACCUCCACGGACAGCUUUUCGAACGGUCCGUUGAGUCUGGUUGCGGUGCCGUCACUUGUUUGCCUGGGGCCUUGACGGUGCUUCGGUUUUCGGCAUUCCGCAACAUGGCAAGGUUCUACUUCUCGGACAAGGCGGAAGAAUGCGAGGAUUUGUUCGACUACGCCAAGACCCAUCUCGGUGAAGACCGGUGGCUGACGCAUUUGUUCAUGCUCGGUGCCAAACAGCGGUACCAGAUCCAGCUGAGCACCAGUGCCUUUUGUAAGACCGAGGCGGUUCAAACGUUUCGGUCGCUGCUCAAGCAGAGGCGUCGUUGGUUUCUAGGGUUCAUCACGAAUGAAGUCUGCAUGCUGACGGACGGCCGGUUGUGGUGCAAGUAUCCCCUGCUUCUGUUGCUCCGCUUCGCCACACUCACCAUCAGGACGACGGCGUUACUUCUCUUGAUUACACUCAUCGCCGUGUCAAGCACCUCGACUCGGAUUGACUCGUUGCCUUGGGAGUUCAUGCUAAUAUCCUGCGGCUUGAAUUGGCUCCUCAUGUUCUACUUUGCCUGUAAGCUGCACCGCUGGAAGUCGCUUCUCUACCCUUUGAUGUGGUUGCUGAAUCCACUGUUGAACUGGAUCUUUAUGGUGUAUGGUAUCUUCACUGCUGGACAAAGAACCUGGGGUGGGCCUAGAGCAGACGCUGGCGCAGCGGAUAGGAAGGUGACGCCACAACAAGCCAUCGAACAUGCAUUAGCGACUGGAGACGAGUUGAACGUGGUGCCCGAGACAUUCAAGCCCGCAGUGGAAUUCCGAAAACGCCGUACCCGGCCAUCGCACCUUCAGCCGUCGUCGAGUGUCGAGGGCCGCUUCUUUUCGGCAGAGUACGAGUCCACUGCUCCCGGAGUGCUGGAAAAGGAUAUGGCGUCGCCGACUCCAUCUAACGGCGCCUUCGGCUCUCACCCACACCGCUUUGAGCACGAAUCCCUUGACAUGAGUGACUCGGAUAGCGUAUCCGUCCACACACCCAAAUUUAUCAACAGUUUCAGUGAGGACGAAGAGGGUCCUAGCGGUCAUGGUGGUCGUGACACGGGACGUAGGCCGCAGAGCACGGUCCAUUUCUCGCAACCCCUGGUACGAGACGGUCAUUUGUCCACACGAAGUGCAGCUCCGGCCUUGCCGGGUCAAAAAGAUGGUGGAAGCGAGGUUCUUGGGGUUAGAGAUUCGCUGACAGUCCCUGUUCAUACACGACGGUGGACAACGGACAGUCACCACAUUGACACUCGGUCCCCUCUGGGUCGGAACAGCCCAUUAACAGCCAUAUCGGCGGAAGAUGUCACUAUGGUGCAGGAUCAAGAGAGGCGGGGAAGCCUCAGCGGAAGCGAAGACGGCACCAACAGAAGGAGUAGCAAGACAUUGCAGCGGAAGAGACUACGAAAAAGAAGCCCGAGUCCUGGCAAAAUGGUGUAG